GCCCGAGCUCUGAUCAUUCUCCAGCAGCUCCAUCCUCUUCACCACUAGCAGGAAUUCCAUUACGAUGAUGCCGGCUGAUGUUUCAGAAACCGCUAAGAAGAAGGUGUCUCUGCUGGAAGCCGCCCGCACCCGCUAUGAGAGCCUGCAGAUCUCCGAUGACCUCUUCGGUGACUCCGAGGACAGCAGUGGGAACCCGUUCUACACUACGUCCCCGGACUCAUCUGCUGAGGCGAGCUCCUCCGAGGAAGAUGAUGCUGCAGAAACCCCAGCGAGCUAUGAGCCCGGAGAUCGAACGCCCGAAGGCGACGUGGAUGAGGAGGAUGGCUGGUCCUCCACCCUUCAGCAUGUGCCCAGCCCUAGAUUCAAGGAGACUACUGGGCCUACCCGCAUAAUGCCAUCCAACUCCAGUGCAAUAGAUUUUUUUCAACUGUUUGUCCCUGAUAAUGUGAUUAAAAGCAUGGUGACUCAGACCAAUAUGUAUGCUAAGAAGUUCCAAGAAAGAUUUGGAUAUGAUGAUGCAUGGAUAGAUGUCACUCUUGCUGAAAUGAAAGCAUUUCUGGGCUACAUGAUAUCAACUAGUACCCAUCAUUGUGAAUCUGUGCUAAGCAUAUGGAGUGGUGGAUUUUAUAGCAACAAGAGCAUUUCACUUGUUAUGACACAAUCACGAUUUGAGAAAAUUCUUAAAUUCUUCCAUAUUGUGGCUUUCCGCUCUAGCCAGACUACCCAUGGACUUUACAAGAUUCAACCCUUCCUUAACUCUUUGCAGAAUAGUUUUGAUUCCUCUUUCAGACCUUCACAAACACAGGUGCUUCAUGAGCCUUUAAUUGAUGAAGAUCCAGCAUUUAUUGCCUCUUGUACAGAGCGAGAAUUACGGAAAAGGAAGAAGAGAAAAUUCACUCUGUGGGUGAGGCAGUGUUCUUCAACGGGAUUCAUUUCUCAGAUAUUUGUUCAUUUGAAGGAAGGAAGUGGUACAGAUGGUCUUGACACAUUGAAAAACAAGCCACAACUGCACAGUAUUGUAGCCAAGAACUUAUGUCAGUAUUCAUGUGGAAAGAAUUACAUCAUAUUUACGGGCCCAAGUAUUACAAGCUUGAAUUUAUUUGAAGAAUUUGAAAAACAAGAUAUUUACUGCUGUGGGCUGCUGAGCUCCCGUAAAAGUGACUGUACCGGAUUACCACUAUCAAUGAUGAGUAACCCAGAAGUACCACUGGCUCGAGGACAAUAUAGAAUCAAGAUGAAGGGGAAAAUGUCCCUUAUUUGCUGGUACAAUAAAGGACACUUUCGUUUUUUGAAUAAUGCAUACUCUCCUAUUCAGCAGGGCAUCAUCAUAAAAAGAAAAAGUGAGAUCCCAUGUCCAUUGGCAGUUGAAGCUUUCGCUGCUCAUCUCAGCUACAUCUGUAAAUAUGAUGAUAAGUAUAGCAAAUACUUUAUUUCACACAAGGCAAACAAAACAUGGCAGCAAGUAUUUUGGUAUUCUUUAAGCAUUGCAAUAAAUAAUGCAUACAUCCUCUACAAAAUGUCUGAUGCUUACCGUGAUAAACGCUAUAGUCGUGCUCAUUUUGGCGAUAGACUCGUUCGAGAGUUGCUUGGUUUGGAGGAAACUUCAUCUCAAGAUUGAUGGCUCCAGUCUUACAGGUGUUUGAAGCAGAACUGGAUACCGCUGCUCGGUACUGCCAGGCGUAACUGUGUCAAUUAGAACAAUAAACUGUAUAAAUAUGUUAUUCCUUUUGUGAGGACUGCAUACCACACCAACUGAAUAAACAUUAAUUUCUAUAUUUGUAGUAGUUCAAAUAUAGUCUUAAUUUUAAAUCAUACAGGCUACCAUGUAAAGGGUAUAACAGAAGUUACACUAAGUUAGCUAAAUACACAUGAAAUUACAAACAUUCACAUUUUUCCCUAAAGAUUUUCUUAAUCAUGUUUCACAUACGUUACCUUGUUUAACCGAAAACUAUGCUGUUUAAUGAUUUGGUAUUUUAAUAACUCCUUUAGUUAUUUACUACGAACACAGAGAACAAGUGUGUGUUUUGUAAUUGCUAUUCUAAAUAUGGGUUUGCAAAU